UGCAUGGUCUCUACAAGCACUUCCAGAGUCCCCCCCCCACACCCCCCUCUCCUGGCUGUGACGUCUCACAGGUCCGGCUCCGAGAGCAACUGGUUGUUACCCGUCUCCCGGGUCAAGAGCACAGGGAGGACGGAGAGACGCGAACCAAGGACCUUUUACAUCACAGCACCCAACACUCCUUCACCAUCCAUGUAACGCCUCCUCCCGGCCGGCCUGCUGUGAGCCAACCGCCCUUGGAAGUUCUCAAGGUGCAGUCCCACCUGGAUAAUCCCACAAAGUACCAGAUCCAGCAGGCUCAGAGGCAGCAGGUGAGGCAGUAUCUGUCCACAACCCUGGGUGGCAAAGCCGGCAACCAGUGCCCCAGUCAGCCCCCUGAACACGGCAUGCCGCCGGGGCCCGGCAGCAGCGCCCCCAACAGUCCCAUGGCCCUGCUCACCCUCAGCUCCAACUGUGAGAAAGAGAUGGAUGAUGUCAUUGAUGAUAUUAUUAGCUUGGAGUCCAGUUAUAAUGAAGAUGUUCUUGGACUGAUGGACCCAGGACUCCAACUUAACAACACGCUCCCUGUGUCUGGCAGCCUUCUUGAUGUGUAUGGCAAUCAAGGACUUCCACUCCCGGGCCUCUCCUGUCAAUCCAGCAUCAAAAGGGAAUACUCAGCUCCUGGCAUGAAGCAAGUACUGGACAAGUCUGGAUCCAGUGGCCAGUACGAAAACUAUCAAAGGCCAGACGGCUUUCCAGUAGAGGCUGAAGUCCGUGCUCUUGCCAAAGAGAGACAGAAGAAGGACAACCACAACUUAAUUGAACGGAGACGGAGAUUCAACAUCAACGACCGUAUCAAAGAGCUGGGAACUUUGAUUCCCAAGUCAAAUGACCCAGACAUGCGCUGGAAUAAGGGCACCAUUCUGAAGGCCUCGGUGGACUAUAUCAGGAAGCUACAGCGGGAGCAGCAGAGAGCCAAGGAGCUCGAGUGCAGACAGAGGAAGGUGGAGCACGCUAACCGCCACCUGAUGCUUCGUAUACAGGAGUUAGAGAUCCAGGCCCGGGCUCAUGGUCUCACAGUGGUGUCAUCUCCGUCUGUCUGCACAUCAGAGUUACUAGCCCGAGCCAUUAAACAGGAGCCCCUCCUCGGCGACUGCCCCUCUGAGCUCUACCAGCAUGGCUCGGCUCCUGACAUGUCGCCUCCAACCACACUGGACCUCAACAACGGCACCAUCACCUUUGACCACAUUCCUGCAGACGCUGCGGACCCUGGCCCCUAUGGGAACUCCAGGACCCUUAAAAUGAAGGAGUUGGCAAGGGACAACACCCUGUCGUCGAUUUCAUGCAGCGAUCCCCUGCUGUCCUCUAUGUCCCCGGAAGGCUCCAACGUUAGCAGCCACCACAGUUCCAGCUCCAGUAUGGAUGACAAGGAGCACAGCUGUUAGCAUCCUCCCACACACUGACACUCCCCGUCUGUAGAAACCCAUCAAAAAGGCACCUACAUUAAAGUGACUUGAAAUGACUGAGUGGAUGACGGAACUCAGGCGCAAAUUUCAUAACGACUCCAUAUUUCGUCUUGUUUGCCCAUUUAUCGCUGAAUCUUUUUUAUGCUACUGUGACCUUUUGUUCAUUCCUGUUUCUCCAUUAUACACUGUGUUGAUUCAGUCAUAUGAUCUUGAUCCCUGACAGAUCCCACCUCAGAAUUUACUCUUCAUAGCCAGAAGAUAAAAUGCCUGCAAUUAUAUGAAAUGAUAUGAAAGUAUUGCACUGUCACUGCAUAGAAUUGCAUUGUCACUGUUCUAAAGAUAUUUAAAUUUAUAUUUUCCCCCAUGCCCUCAUGUAUCCAGUAGAAAAAACAAACGUCGACCAUAUGAUGUAUUAUAUCAUUAUCAUUUAUUUAUUUUUAUUUUUGUUCUUUUACUCGCUGAGAUUUCAUUGUGUUUGUACCCGUUCUAAAGAUUUUUUUAUUUUUCCCCUGAGGAAUUUGAAAAUUUAUAAUGGCUCAGUGAUCUUUUUCUUACUCUAUUGCAUUGUCAGACAACAUAAACUUAAUUUGUACUUAUGCCCUAAUUUGGAUAAAGGUAAAUUAGACACUUGGAGAGAAAAAUAAACUCUGACUAUAAAGGGUAAAUUGACCUAAUAUUGCUAGUGCUUGUUUUUUAAUUUUUUUUUAACUAAAGUCUAGUCAAAAAAAACUUUGAUCAACUAGCUGACGCGGAUUUUAUUCAAUUUUGAGCCCUGGUUGAACUUAAAGAAUUUCUGACAUGAUACAGCAUCAUACUUAUAUAUGUUUAUAUUCAAUGUAAAAUAAAAUUCAAGGAAUAAAUAUACCAAAAUAUUGUUUAUAUGCUAACAAAGGCUCAGAGCAGCGUUUGUCCCAAAUGUUUCAGCUGCUUUGUAGACACGCAUCACUGAAUGAUUUCUUCAUCAUGUUCAAUCUCUCAGAGCUGAGUAAAAAUCCAUGUACAUAAAAAUAAUAUUUUUUUAUGUCUGUACAGAGCUUUUGGACACUUGGACUCAAGGAUGAACUGAGUGGAAUUUGAUCGUCGAGGGUCACAGGUCACUAAGGAUCCAAAAAAAUAUGUUAUAAAAUACACUGAACACGUCUUAUCAAAUUAUUUUACAGUCAUCUACAUUAAUUAUAUCUGAAUCUGAGUCUG